UGGGAGUUUGAUCUGACGUGUAGCUGCCGGUGUGGAAGGAGAGGCCGGGUGCCGGCGCAAAUUAAGGCGGAGCGGGGUAGGGAACCGGCGCUAAUCCUAGCUGCAAAGUAGAGAUGCCGAAGAACAGCGGGAAGCAGCUGAAGCCGAGCCCCAGCCUCCGGGAACGGCUGGACGGACACGAACUGGACCUGAGCCUGAACGGCCUGAGUGAGGUCCCGGUCCGGGAGCUGGCAGCAUUGCCCAAAGCAACCGUCCUGGAUCUGUCCUGUAAUUGUCUUGUCACAUUGCCGCCAGAAUUCUGCAGUCUGACACAUCUCAUUAAACUUGAUCUCAGCAAGAACCAGCUGCAGGAGCUUCCUUCAGAUUUUGGGCGACUUAUUAACCUGCAGCAUUUGGACCUCUACAACAACAAACUGACUAACCUACCAGUCAGCUUUGCUCAGCUCAAGAACUUGAAGUGGUUGGAUUUAAAAGGAAAUCCACUUGACCCAUUGCUUGAGAAGGUGGCAGGUGACUGCCUAGAUGAGAAGCAGUGCAAGCAGAGUGCAGCCAAUGUGCUGCGGCACAUGAAAACCAUUCAGUCUGAACAAGAUCGUGCAAAACAGCGACGGCUGCUGUUUGAAAGAGAGUUGGAGAAAAAGCGUGAAGCAGCAUUACGGGCUAAGGAAGCAAUAGAACGAGACCUGCGUAAACGAGAGAAAAUGGAGGAGAAGGAGAGGCGCAGGAAGGAGUAUGAUGCACAGAAAUUACAAAGGUUCAGUCAACCAAAGGAGGAAAAACCUACAAAUACAUCAGAAAAACCAGUCUCUUCUGCCAAUCCAUCAGCACCUCAAAAGGGACACUUAUUCCAUGUGCUACUGAAAGUGCUUCUGUUCUUGCUGCUAUGCUCAAUUGUCACUGUAGUAAUGUGCAGGAGAACAGAAUUUCCCCAUGAGCAGCUGUGCAGUACUGUGAAUCAUCUGUAUGAAGACACACUUCACGCCCUUCAGGGAAAUGAGGUUCUCCAGAGGUUUCUACGUGGCAUUCCAUUCCCAUGACCAACAGCCAGAGUGAAGUUCUGCUGAGAUGGUUCAGGACAAUAGGGUCAGUAGGUUGGAUUGAGCAAACCGCCAGAUUUCCAGGUAAAGCACCUUUGCUCAUUAUAGAAGGAUGAAUAAAUCUGAAAGCAGUGUAUUGAGCAUACUCCACACUGCAUUUUUAACUGCCAGCAAGAUUUUAACUUUGCUCGAUAAUCUGAUAUGAACUGCCACAAAGGAAACAUCAAAAAAGAAGUAGGUUUAGGGGUUCAAAUCUCAAUGUUACUGGAUCAGUAACCAUGUGGACCAGACUAAUGCUCCAGAGAUUCAAAUUCUAUGGUGGCCUCAGUAAUGAUGCUCAUGACACUACUGUCUAUCAGAAAGAAUUCUCUGUUGCUAUUUCUCAAUCGGGCUUACACAUGACUCCAGAUGUACCGCAAUGUGGUUGAAUUUUAAAUGGCCUAGUGAGUUAUUCACUUAUAUGAAAUUGCAGUAUUAAAAUUAUAAAAACCAGACGAACCACCAACCAUUGACCCAGAUACUGUAAACCACAAAGCCAAACCCUAUCUAGUCAAUUCUUAUCAAGCCAUUCUUAACAUCAGGAACCUGAAAGUAAAACUGCCCUAAUCAAUCAACAGCCUGACAUCAUAGUCACUGUGUCAUACCUUGUAGCUAAUAUCCUGAACACCUCCCUCAACCAGCAGCAGGACCAGCACACCACAGAUGUAUAUAAAAUGUUUUUUUUUCCCUAUUUAUUCAUUUUGGAGAUGUGGGUGUUGCUGGUAUUGCCCAUUUCUAGUUGUCCUUGAGAAGGUGGUAGUGACCUGCCUUCUUGAACCGCUGCAGUCUACCUGCUGUGGUUUGGCCCACAAUGCCUUUAGGGAUGAAAUUCCUGGAUUUUGACCCAGCAACAGUGAAGGAUGGAUGAUAUAUAUCCAAGUCAGGAGGGUGAGUGGCUUGGAGGUAAACUAGAAGGUGGCAGUGCUCCCAUAUAUCUGCUGCCCUUGUCCUUCCAAAUGGAAGUGAUCGUGGCUUUGGAAGAUGUUAUCAGAGGAUCUUUGGUGAGUCCGGAUUGAGUGGUUCUCAGAGUCCUCAAAUUCUGGACCCCAGCAAAUAUCAAGCCAUCAAACAUCAGGCAAGGAAUCCUGAUUUCUGACCACCACCCUCCAUCAACUGAUGAUGCUUGUCCAUAUUAAACAAGCGUUUGGAAGAUGCAUUGACAAUGUCAAGGGCACAGAAUGUACCCUAUCACCUACUAUAAUUGAGUAGCUACUUCAUUGACCAAGCUGUGUGGAUCCUGAAGGAUAUAUCUCCCUCUGGUGGUUAAUGCGAGAACCAACAAGAGGUUACAAACUGCAAAUAAAAAACUGAAAGCACUACGGAUGCUGGAAAUCAGAAACCUUGAUAUCAUCUUCACUAAUCCACCGUUUCUAGGUGUAUUUGUUCACAACAGUAUUGUAGAAGUUAUAACUGAGGGCUGUUGUGGUGCAGUAGUAAUGUGCCUAUUUCUUAUGCAGGGAGACCUGGGUUCAAAUUUCACCUGCUCCAGAUAUGAAUAAUAACAUCUUUAAACAGGUUGAUUAGAAAACAUCAUCCACCUUCAAGUCUUACUCACCCUCUGAUCUGUUUCAUAACACAUCUGAACAGGUUCAUUAAAAAUCUCUGGAAGUUAUAACUGGGGGCGCUUCUGAUACAGUGUUAAUAUCCCAACCUAUGAGCCAGGAGACAUGGCUUUCAGUCUCACCUUGCCAGAGAUGCGUAAUAACAUCUCUGAACAAGUUGAUUAAAACAUAUAUAGAAGUUAUAAUUGGGGAAGGUGGUAGCAGCAUGGUAAUGUCACAAACUUGUAAUCUAGAACCCUAGCUGAAUGUUC